GCUUUUGAAAUUUAACACGCAUAGACUUGCUGACUUUUCUAGAGUUUAACAAUAACAAUAAACUGAAAGUCUGAAACACAGAAGAAGAAUACAAAAUUUGCACCAGCCAAAAACCACUGAGAUUAUGAAAAUGUCUUUUGAAGUAUAUUUUGUGACAGUAACUGCUUUGAUCAGAGUGGCAGCCGCCAAUACCGGCGGUUUUACCUUCAACGGAAAUAUAGAUCUAGAUGGUGGAGCAGAAGUCUCCAGUGAUAAUCUUUUCAGACUUACAAACGCAUCAACUUUUACAGUUGGACGUGUUUUUUAUGCUCAACCACAGAUUUUGAAGAAUUCAUCAAGCGGCAAGGCGUUUUCUUUCUCAACUGCUUUUAUACUCGCCAUUGUCACUGACGAGAACAAACUCAAUGGCCACGGAAUGACUUUUGUGAUUGCUCCUUCCAAAGAAUUUUCUGGAGCAGCAUCUCAACAUCUUGGAUUAUUUAACCGAACAAAUGAUGGAAACCCGUCCAAUCAUAUUCUUGCGGUUGAGUUUGACACGUUUCAGAACCAGGAGUUUUAUGAUGUUAAUGAAAAUCAUGUUGGCAUUGACAUCAACAGCUUAACAUCUGUAAAAUCAGCUCCUGCUGGUUAUUUUGUAGACGCAACUGGUGAGUUCAAGAAUUUGAGUCUUGCAAGUGGAGAAAGAAUACAAGUUUGGAUAGAAUAUGAUGCCAAGGAUAAUCCACUUAAUGUUACUUUAUCUCCAAUUCAAGUUAGUAAACCUAAACUUCCACUUUUGUCUUUGAACAGAGACAUUUCUCCUAUUAUUUUAGACCAGAUAUAUGUAGGAUUUACGUCCUCCACCGGUCGACUGGUACAGUCCCAUUAUAUUCUUGGCUGGAGCUUUCAGGUGGAAGGUAAGGCCCAACUAGAUUUGUCACGACUACAAUCUCUAUCCAGUGAAGACCUACCCAAAACUAAGAAGAAAAUAUUGGCAAUCGGAUUGUCCUUAACCGGAGUUGUGGUGCUGCUUAUAAUAAUAUCCUUUCUUUUUUUCUUUAGGAAAAAGGAAAUUAAAUUCCAUGAGAUACUUGAAAAUUGGGAGAUUCAGUAUGGACCUCAUAGAUUCUCAUAUAAGGACUUAUAUUCAGCUACUAAAGGUUUCAAAGACAGUGAAAUUCUUGGAAAAGGGGGAUUUGGAGAAGUUUAUAGAGGUUUGCUUCCCGUAUCAAAAAUUCAGGUUGCAGUAAAAAGGAUUUCUCACAAUUCUAAACAAGGAAUGAAAGAAUUUGUAGCUGAGAUUGCAACCAUUUGUAGACUGCGUCACCGUAAUUUGGUUCGCCUCCUUGGAUAUUGUCGUGGUAAAGCUGAGCUCCUUUUGGUUUAUGAUUACAUGCCUAAUGCUAGUCUUGACAAGUUCAUUUACAAUAAUGCAAAACAAACUCUUAAUUGGAAUCAAAGGUUUAAGGUUGUCAAAGAUGUUGCUUCAGCACUUACUUAUCUUCAUGAAGAAUGGGUAGAAGUUAUUGUUCAUAGAGAUAUUAAAGCAAGCAAUGUGUUGUUAGAUGAUAAAUUAAAUGCAAAAUUGGGUGAUUUUGGGCUUGCAAGAAGUAGCCAACAUGCACAAGAUCCUCAAACAACUCAUGUAGCAGGUACUUUUGGAUACAUAGCUCCAGAGCUUGCUAAAAAUGGCAAGCCAACUACUAGCACUGAUGUGUAUGCAUUUGGGGCAUUUUGCUUGGAGGUUUCUUGUGGUAGAAGGCCAGUGGAGUCAAGAGUUUUGCCUGAAGAGGUGAAUUUGGUCGAUUGGGUAUACCAGAGAUGGAAGGAAGGGAAGAUCUUAAGUACGGUGGAUCCAAAACUGAAUAAUGAUUUUAAGGUUGAUGAGGUUAUAUUACUUUUAAAGCUUGGCCUGCUGUGCUCUCAUCCUGUUGCAGAAGUUAGGCCAAGAAUGUCACAAGUUCUGCUGUACCUGAAAGGUCACAUUUCGAUCCCAGAAAAUUUUGAUUUUCAUCUUCCGAGUCAAGAUCAGAAAGGAGAGUCCUAUGGUCCUGCCUUAUUCAAUUAUAGUGCACCUUCAAUGACAUUCACCGAAUCGUUCAAUUCAGUUGGUCGAUGAUGUAGAUUGCAGAAGAAAACCUCAUGUGGAUAAUAUUUUAAGACUUGCAAAAUGUAAGACACCUUGUUGAUUAGUUUCAUUUUCUAAGAUUGAAACGUCGUUGUGUUUAAGCAAUAUCAUUUUAACUGAAAUAACGUGUAGUUCAUAGAGCAUUUGUUGCUCAACCACGUGCUUGUUUGCAAUGAUUUUGUCUUGUUAAAGUGAUAAAUUGGUCCUUGA